AUGAAGUCGUCCAGGUCAGAUUCGUCCUCCGACUCCGAGCUAGAGUUGGACGAGACGUUUGUCUCCGUUAGUUUGGCGAUUUUGGAGCGCUCAUCGAUCGCCAGUUGGUCGGAAUCCUCUGAUUCUGUUGGACUUCUGCUCCGUUUCAGACUCGGCUCGCCGGUGACAAGCGGAACAGGAAGAUCGCUGCCGUUGGAAGCUGAAAGCGACAUGUUUGUUAUUUAA